CAAGAACAAGGUUGCCAUCGUCACUGGUGGUGGCACUGGGAUUGGCAAGGGAAUGACUGAGAUGUUUGCACAGCUUGGAGCCAGCGUGCUAUAAUGAGCAGGAAACAAGAAGUCCUGGACGAAACUGCCAAGGAGAUUUCUUCAAAAACAGGCAGCAAGAUCUUGGCCGUUGCAGCAGAUGUGAGAGACCCUUCUGCUGUAGCCGCAGCAGUGGACAGGUGUCGUGACGAGCUUGGCUUGCCCGACAUUGUCAUCAACAACGCAGCAGGGAACUUCAUCAGCCCUACUGAGAUGCUGUCCACCAAUGCCUGGAAGACAAUCGUGGACAUUGUGCUCAACGGGACAGCCAUUGUGACGUUGGACGUGGGGAAAAGGCUGAUUGAGGCUGGGAAAGGUAAACACUCAUUGAUUUGGUAA